AUGGGGAGGUUGAUUGAUUUGCAAGAAACAAAUUAUAGAGCGCCUCCACAGUCUGAGGAAUGUCAACUAUUCAACAUAGAGGCGGAGGUCGACAAACUGGAACUGAUGUUCCAGAAAGCUGAUUCUGAUCUGGACUGCAUUCUGUACAUGCUGGAAUAUGAAAUCAAGAACAGUUAUCCUGAUUCAACUGGUGAGAAAAAUCCAGUUACGCUCUUGAAGGAAUUGUCAGCUAUAAAGUCUCGCUAUCAAGCUUUGCAUACACGGUUUAAAUCAGUUACUGCUGGACAGAAAGAUACUAAGAGUCACAUUUGUGUUACUUUGACUAAGACUAUGACCAUGAUACAAGAACUACAAAAGCUAACAGACCUGGAGCUGCCACCAUGGACGGAGGAAGGGAAAACUGCGGAAGACCAAUUAAAAUCUCACAUGACAAAUUUGUAA